CGAAGCUCAUGUUUUCGCCUUUGCCUUUUGCCCCUCAUACCGCAGUCUUUUCGUUCGUGGACGCGCAAAGUGCCUGUCAUGGCUUCCACUUCACAAGAGAGCGGUCAGGGGUUCUUUAUGGAAUCGCCAACAGUUGUAACCAUGGGAUCCCUGGACUCAACCAGAACCACCCCGAUAGGAGCAGGGAAUGACGAAAUUACGACAACGAUUCCACUUGUCCAAACUUGUCAACAUGAAGUUGCACGGAAUGCCACAAUUGUUGUUAAGACUCAUGAUGGAGAUCGAUACGUCCUGCCAUAUCUCCCGUGGAAUGCGCGUUCAUCGACUCCAUACGCAUUGUACUUCACUGACUGUGUCUCAGAACACGAAAGCGCAGAUUGAUGAGAUUUACAGACUUCGAAAUCGACAAAAUCUUGCAGAUGCAGUCAAGGACAACAAGUUCACCGUUCAGGAUGGGGAUGGUAACACAAUUUUGCCUUCUUGCUGGGAGCAGGUCGUUAGACCGUCCGCAAUAUUGCAAAUCGUUUUAAACUCGGACAUACUGAACCCGGAAAUAGCCUCGCGGUACCCCUACGCGGACGAUCCUACACCUCGGUAUCGGCAACGGAAACUGUCGGCCAUACUUCCGGAUAGCGAUGCAGAGAGCGCAGAGCUACUUGAUGUGGAGGGAAGUGUAUCGCACAGGAGUGAUGAUGCUAGUGAAGACGAUAAAGAGUUAGCACUCGACAGUAUCAGCAGUGUGAGUGAUGGAGCUGACAGCGAAGCUCGAGAAAAGGUUCCCGAUGAAUUUCUCCGCCAAGUGACCGUGCCAACUGAUGGAGAUGGCAACAUCCUCAUCUUCCAAGUUGACACUACGUUCCCUGUACCUCCACAUCAGGAGUCGAUGGACGAUGGUGCGAACAAUGAAGCGAAAAAGCGCGACACAAAGGUGUUUGCCGGAAACGCAGAGCUUAUGAGCAUCGCAAAGGCAGUUUCGGCUCAGUCAGAUAGCCGGACUUCAUUACAGAUUCAUAUUUUGCCGGGGCCACGAACUCCUCUUACCGACCCCGACGUCAGCAUACGAUGGUUCCAUGUACAGUCUGAACGACUAGACUUUGCGAGCUUCAGACAAACCUGUCUGAUCAUCUCUGGGCUAUCCGGGCGGCUGCAAAAGCUGGUGCGACGGCUGCUUGACAAGGUCGAAAAGGAAAAGCUCAAAGUUUUCUUAGGAGGUAUGUUCAUCGAGCCUGGCACAGUGCUUAGAGCCGAUGAAAAGCACCAAACAGACCCGCAAAGCGUCAUCUUCAGCUGUAUACCCUACUUCGAUCUGCAGACACCGUCUAAGGAGACUUCAACCACUACGAAUCGGUUCUCGUCCCGCACGCUCAUGGAGUCUUACUAUCCCUUCGAGCCAGUCCAAGAUCGAGAUGCAGAGCAAGCCCACAGGCUGUUCGGCAAUGAGCGACGCAAUGCUCUAGUUCAUGUCCCAAAUAUUUGGAUGUUGAACAUAGGUUCCAACUUGGUGGCUACAUGCGGCCAUGGAGCACUGUCCAACGACUUUGUGCAGUCUAUUGAGGUUGUUGAGACUAGUCGCUUUCAGGAAAUGGAUGAGCAGGCUGCGACCGCUACUAUCAGGUUGAGGGAUUGGGACCAUCGCAGUCUGCUUUAUACCCGGGAAGAAUGUCGAUCGUUCUUCCAGAUGGAGCAAAGGCUCAGAGAGUUGAGAUUGUGUUCCGCCUGUUCUCAAACAGAGAAAAGCCUGCAACUCUCUUGGCACACAUCGGACGGUAUUGUCAAGGUUGCGCCCGACUUGUGGCCUGGUAUAUUCAGACAGAGAGACGCCAUCUUCAUCGACCUGGAACUGUCAAGCGACGAGCCUGGAGAUGACGAGAACAAAACUGGCUUGAAGACUACGCCCCAGAGCACAUCGCCAUCUAUUCCAUUCUUCCAUUGGCCUCAAGCACUGGACAUGGAGAAGACAAGGACCGAAGCUUUAAUACCCGAUGACAUCAAGACGUCAAUCCGGUGCUUGCAAAAUGUCGAAAAAGCCAUGCUUUCGGUGGUACUAAGCAGCCAUGGCUCGUACAGCACAGUGGAAGAGACUUUCACGACGACUGCUUACUAUCGCAGUCUCCCCGAGGAAACCACAGCACAUGUGAAAUUAGGACUCCCACCGUUACUCACUAUAAGUGGAGAAUCGAAGAGCUUCAUGGUGGAUUCCUCUACAGUGCACGAAGCACUGGUGGAUCGCCAAAGGCAUGCAAUCGCGAAGGAGACACUCGAGCUUUAUGAGACCGUGCAGAGCACAUUGGCACUAUUUGUCAGCCACGUGGAUAAGACUACGAUGCUACGGAAGUUAUGGGGUGCUAUGAAGAGCAUCAUUGAUAUCGCAAACGUAUCCUGCAAAAGAUCACCUUUGAGAGACGGAGGGUCAAUGUCAGAGAGCGCCCGGCAGCCCCAGAUCUCGCAAGGAUGGUUUGUUCGCCCAGACAUGGACAAUCACAAUAUACUGGUGCCAUCUCAGAAGGUCAAGCGAACUUUUGAGAGAUGCAGGAGAUGCAGUUCGAACAAGAUGUACGAGACCUCUAAGGCAGCCGUGUCGCACUUGAACAAGCAUCUUCGGCUCUUAGAUGCUGCUAUCUCUAAUCAUGUUCAACCUGAGCAGUGGAUCGCUAGCUACUCUCAAAAAGAGUUGGAAACGUGGAAUGAGGGAACGGCAAGUAUACUCAAGGCAGUACGCAAGAUAGCGCAGCAAUUAUUCGUCCAAGCUAAGGAGCUAUCGGACGGUGUACGCAACGAAGACGGGCAGAUGUCCGCUCUGUAUACUUUACCACACGCGCUUCUCAAUGCCUUUCGCCAACUACUUGUCUUCUACUUCGCUGCUGAAAGAUCAUUGUUCUUCACUGAGGAGUCUUUCAGCGACAGAAGAAAGGCUAUCGAGGCACCCGAGUACAUGACGGCUCUGCCGUUCUCUGCAGAAGGCCUGCGAGUCAUCGAAGCGUUUGGCAACGGAGUGCAGCAGGCAUUGACCUCGGCACGUGAGGAGCUUUGCUACAUGGUCAAGUCGAAAGAACCCGUGGAGGUGUUUAAAAGGCUUUCGCUCAGUCCAGAGUACGUCUGUGGUUGGUUGAUGAGAAGGCUUCUUGUGAAGCCACUAGAGAAUAGCAUGACAGUCAGUGACAUGUACAGGGAGUACUUGUCGACUAUCCAAUUCCAAGUCAAUCAUCGUCCCGGGAAACGGCUACUGCGCUCUAUCAAUCUGCUUCAAGAGGAGAUUGCCGCUCUGCAAGAAGUCAACACGCAGCAAAGCAAGCUGAUAUCAAAUUAUAUGAGCGUCCUUGAUGACGAAACAUACGAGAAGGAUAUACCUGGCCGCCGCGCCAUGUUCCCAUACGAACGCAUGCUGCUUGAAUCUUGCCGAGACAGCUUGAAGAUGACAGAUCAAGAGUAUCGAUAUCUGCUCGCCAGGUGUGGUCCACUCUCAGACAGCACAAAGCAGAGUCUUGAGAUCAAUGAGGAAGAUCAUGGCAAGGCGAUCAUGGUCUUCACCAUAGUCACAGUAAUUUUCCUCCCGCUGUCGUUCGUCACUUCCUUUCUCGGCAUGAACACGACCGACAUCAGGGACAUGGACAGCUCUUCAACCUUGUUCUGGGUGAUCGCAAUCCCACUCACAGCCUUCACUAUGGGAUCAGUACUAUACAUCGGCUACAACGGCGACGACUUACGGGACGUCUUCAACUCUGUGUAUCGGACAGUUACAGGCAAACAAAACCGCAAUAUCGGCGCAAGAGGUAUCAGUGUAGCUCAGCGCAAGCUGGCUCGAACGUCAGUAACAGGAUCAAACAGCACGCUCGACUUCAGCAGUCUUGCAGACGAAGCCGAAUUCGCCAACCCGAGACCUGAAGAUUUCAACAAUACAUGGAGCAGAGGACACAAUUAUCCACGCCGGCAAUACACAUUGGAAGAACCUACCAUGCACUGGCAGCCUUAUGCAAGCGCUGCUGAUCCUGUGGCUCCUGAGCCACGUACUGGUUUGCGCACGGAGCCCUUCAAGCAGAACGGCUAUGCGUUCGAAAAUGAGCCAGUGGAGUUGUACUUACAACGUACCAAGCGUGACCGCCACAGCCGCCUGGCCCCCGAUCCGACCAUCCGUGAGACAGCUCGCAUAGAGAGACCGGAAGUACGAACUUACAACGAGACUAUCGCUUUGGACGACCGCCGUACCCGGCGACACUACUCGCCUCCUACUAUGGCCCCUCCAUCUGUAAGACGGACCCAUUGGAAUGAGGAGGAUGGAUGGUACACAAGCCGGCGACCUAUGGAAAGAUCACGGGUACAUUAUGACGUUCCGCCACCCAUAUAUGAGUGGACAAAGAAGAGCCACAGACAAUAUUCUACGCGGGGAGGAACAAGACGGAGAACGGACGACAAAGAUGAUUGCAGGAAAUUUUAGCACGCAGCUGACCUAAAAACCAAAACCCAU